GAAGCCAGCCUUGUGUUGAUAUGGCUAUAUAAGCUGCUGGGGAAUACACAACUACACAAGGCUGGCAAACACCACGAGAAGUCCAUUACCUGCAUUUCUUAAUACAGUACUAAAUAAAAAUGUUGAGUCUCGCUUGGACUCGUCGCGGCGACGCGGAGGCACCACCCACCCCAACCCCAACCUGGGGUGGCUGCUCUCUCCACGGACUCGACAUUGAGGUGGUGAGGGAGAAGGACACUGUCCCUGGCGGCAACGGCAACGGGCUAGUUGCAAUCCCUUCGUAUUUUUGGGGCGCCCGGCUGGCGAAGCGGCAAGAUGGAGGCUUCCCCUUGUACACGGGCUACUCGGCGGCGAGGGCCUUGGUCGGCAAGGGGGCGGGGGCCAUGGCGGAUCUGAGAAGGCUGUCUCGCGAGGCGGAAGACAUGCUGGCGGAGAUGUUUGCUAGCAUUAGCAGUGAUGGCGGAGGCGACGCGGCACGGCCCAGGGUGGUGCAACUGCGACUGUCGCCGGAGCUGGCGCUGUGGAAAAGCACGCAGCACGCAAUCGGCAACGUGUUGCCCACUAAGGGCGCCGGGCUGGUCCAAGCCACGCCGCAGGUUCUCGCCUUGCUGGGCGCCGCCGACUGGCCUGAGGCGAUGACAACAACCAACGCCCUAUCUGGUAGCGGCAUGGCGAACCUGCUGAUUGGCGCCUCCGACGUGCGCACCCUCUUCUCCAACUACGUGGUGGACAUGGCAUUUUAUUACGAGCACGGGUACCACAAGGUGUUCCCCUCCUUCAGCCGCCUCCUGCGCGACGGGCUCGCCGACGCCCGCUCGCUACGAACCCCUGGUGGCCAGCAGCGACGCGAGGCCGUCGCCAUCGGCGCGUCCUACAUCCGAGCCAAGAUCGCAUUGGAGGCGGCGCACAGGACGCUCCUCAAGGACCGGUCGGGGCAGAUGGACCGCCACGCCGCCCAGGUCAUGUCCCUGUGCGAGAGUAGCAUCCUCGGCAUGGGGGCUGAGGCCAUAGCCCGGGGCUUCGAUGUCGGCGCCGUCACGAGCGACCUCGUCUUCAGCUCGCCCGGCACCGAUGUCAUCGAUGUGGGCAGUGACCUGGUAAACUCCGAGGUCAUGAACUCGUUCCUCAACGUGGCCGACAUCGCCGCCACAGGCGUGGUGAGCGAGACGGCGCUGCGGGCCAUCUACGACGCCUACGCUGCCACGGGAGCUCGGAUGUACACUCAGAGGUGGCACGAGCCUGUGGCCCGGAUGUGCAUCACCUUGUACACUUGGCACCUGCACAACGACCGGCACAUGUUCCUCCGCCGUGCCCUCCUAGGAUGGCCCAAGGCCCGCAAGUCCCCGGCGCGGCCCCAGCGAGAGGCCGACUUCGACGAGGUCUUCGACACCGACUUUCAUACCACCGGCUUCAGCAGGCCCCUUGACGCUGAGUAUGCCUGCAAUGGGGAAGAAACCUGCGACCACGUCCGGCGCUUCCUCAAAGUAAAAGGAGACCAAGACCACCUGCUGGCCGCCCUUUGGUCGUCCAUUGUCACCGGUCCGCUGGAGUACGUCCGGAAGGGCGAGGUGGACGAGCAGCGUGAGAAACACCUCAUUGAAUCCUCGCGCCUGCAAAUGGUCCAGCUCUUCUCCAAGGGCCUCAUCGACGAAAUGGUUUGGCUCGUCGCCCAUGCAAGCCACCAUGCCUGGCAGGUGAACUAUCUGUUUGAGGCCGCCAUGUUUGGCAGCAUACUGGACGGGGGCGAGUUGAUAGGCAAGCUCGAUCGGGCGGAAUAGGCUGUCAACAUGCAUCCAUCUUAAUUAUAUUCGGCCGGCCGGCCUGCUGUGAUCGAUCCGAACGAACGUCCUUAAUUCUGCAUGCAUGCAUGUUUUCCUUUUUAAUUCUAUAUUUUCUUUCUUCUUUGGGAAUCCCCUUUCUUUCCAAUCAUACGAUGACAUUCAACUUUUUUCCAUUUCAUUCAUCCCAAACUCAAAAUAUUAUGUAUGUAUGUAUGUUACUUACAGUUUAUAUACGUGCAUCUACUCCUAUUUAAUUUACAUGAGGUCGACAUUGGUGUCCUCUCCAAAUUCCAUCCAAACCUUCUUGGUGUCGUUCGUCCAAGAAGCAAAUCUCGGAAAUGAUAUGUUUCAUCUCCUACUCACAACUAUCCUCAAACACCAUCUUUUUUGUUUUGUAUAAAUAUUCAUAUGGAACGGUAAAGAUAGAGCCAGCCAUACAAUGGCGGAAAUUAAUUAAUUAAGCAGCUCAUGUUUUUCUCUUCUUCUUUUUUGAAAAGGAGGUUAGCCUGUGGCCUCUGCAUCAAAUGGAUGCAUGCAACCAUUUAAAAAAAAAAAUCAAAGCUCACUCUUGCCUGACUUCUUUGUCAGCAAGUUGAAGUAUGCAUCGAUUGCCAACCAGCCGUGAGUUCUGCACCUUGUUAAGGAGGAAUAGGAGACAACAACAUGACCAUGACAUAUAUACCCUACUUGCUGUCUAAAUCUUAUAUUUGGCCCGCUCUGAACAUGGUCCCCCAUAUUUUCCUUUUCUUGUCUAUGCAUUUCCUUUCUUCUUUGGGACUGUCGGCUGUUUUUCAAUUCGACCUAAGUUAAGUUUUCUUCUAACCAUAGGAUGACACGUGGACAUUCACCUUUUUUCGAUUUCAUGAAAAAUCAUUUUUUUAACGUGAAAUCUAUUUUCAGGGCUAUUUCCGGCGGACUCCCGCAUAGCCUUGGAUUUCGAACGAGUGAAUGGGAUUAUAAGUGUUU